AUGGCCCCAAGCACUACUGAAGUUGAAAUUAUUCUGGAAGGUGACGGAAAGGUUUUCCCAAAAGUUGGUGACACCGUCACCAUCCACUACACUGGUACGUUGGAAAACGGUAAGAAAUUCGACUCUUCCCGUGACAGAGGCAAACCCUUCCAAUGCACCAUCGGUGUUGGUCACGUCAUCAAGGGCUGGGACAUUGGCAUUCCAAAGUUAUCUGUCGGUUCUCAGGCCAAAUUGACCAUUCCUGGCCACGAGGCGUAUGGUUCCAGAGGAUUCCCAGGUCUCAUUCCUCCUGAUGCCACCUUGAUUUUUGAUGUUGAGUUGUUGGGUGUUAACUAG